CAUUUGUUUUAAAGUUCAUUGUGAGUGCAACAACAUAACACAAACGCUCCUCUUAGCAAACUAAACGCGUUAAAUAUUAAUAAAAAAUUAAAAAAAAACUGAAAUACUCAAUAAAUUAUUAACUAACGACUUUUCGUUAUUCUCUGUGUGCAAAUUUUUACUAAAAACCCAAAAAAAAGCAAAAAUGGUUUCCACCUGGCGUCAAGUACUCAUUCUCUUUACCAUCGUUGCUCUACUCGCCAGCAAUGCAUCGGCCAAUAACUCCCGGCCCCCAAGAAAUAAUGAUAUCAGUAACAUGGCAGAUGCCUUGAAAUAUUUACAAGAUUUGGAUACUUAUUAUGGUGAUAGGGCUAGAGUAAGAUUCGGCAAACGUGCUUCCUUGAUACAAUUAUUGAGAAAUCAUUUAAACAAUGAAGCUGAAAUGAACCAUCCCGCUGAAUUGGCUGCCGCUGAAGAGCCCUUCUAAAUUCUUGACAACUUCUUGGGGAACAGCAACAUGCCAGCCAAUAUCACCAAUAAUUUCACUUACAUAUCUCUCUCUACAACCUAAAUGAAAAAAAAUCUCUGUAAUAUAAAGCUAAAUAUGAACAAAAAAAUAUCCAAAAAAAUGUAUUUAAACAUUUAAUUUUUUUAAUAUUAUUUAUUAUUUUUUGGAGCAACCAAGUUACUGUAAUGUGUAUACAAAUACUUAAUAAAUAUGUACAAUUAUUGUAUUGUAUGUUAAUAUAAUUAAAAACAAUUUUAUUUACUCUUUUUGUAAUUGUAAAUCUAUGUAUGUAUGAUACAAAUAUAACAAUGUUGUAAGUCAACAUAAUAAAAAAUAUUUUAAAAUA